GGCGUCCGUCAGAGGAGGAGCGGCGGCAUGUUGAAGGGGUGCGCGGCGGCGGGGCCGAUCCGCGUCCGCGAGGCGGGUGCGGUCCAAUGCAGGGGGCUCGGCGCCGCCGGUAGGGGAAGGAGGCGGCCGGUGGCGACAUCGGUGCGGUGCUCCCGGCCGGAGGCGCCGCCGGUGACGGGCCUGGCCGCCGCUGCCGCGGCGGCGGGGGGCGGUGGGAUGGGGUUGGCGGAGAGUCUUCGGCUGGGGAGGCUGGUGGAGGACGGUCUGUCCUACAAGGAGAGCUUCAUCGUGAGGUGCUACGAGGUGGGAAUCAACAAGACCGCCACCGUCGAGACCAUUGCCAAUCUCCUCCAGGAAGUUGGGGGCAACCAUGCACUGAGUGUUGGAUUUUCUACUGAUGGGUUCGCCACGACCCCUACCAUGAGGAAACUUCGCCUCAUAUGGGUGACUUCUCGCAUGCACAUUGAAAUAUAUAAGUAUCCUGCUUGGGGUGAUGUUGUUGAGAUUGAAACAUGGUGCCAAGGGGAAGGAAGAAUAGGCACCAGGCGUGAUUGGAUUAUCAAGGAUUUGGCUACUGGUGAAGUUAUUGGUAGAGCCACCAGCAAGUGGGUAAUGAUGAACCAAGAUACUAGGAAACUUCAGCGAGUAAGUGAUGAAGUGAGGGAAGAAUAUCUUGUCUUCUGCCCGAGAACUCCUAGAUUAGCAUUUCCAGAGGAGGAUAAUGGCAGCGUGAAGAAAAUUCCUAAACUUGAAGAGCCUGCAGAUUAUUCACGAUCAGAACUUGUUCCCAGGAGAGCCGAUUUGGACAUGAACCAACAUGUAAACAAUGUAACUUAUAUCGGAUGGGUCCUUGAAAGCAUGCCUCAAGAAAUUAUCGAUACCCAUGAACUCCAGACAAUCACCCUGGAUUACAGGAGAGAAUGCCAGCAUAAUGACAUGGUUGAUUCUCUUACUAGUCUGGAAUUGGCUGAUGAUUAUAGCACUAAUGGGUCUGCUAUUGGAAAGCAACACAAGAAAGAGCACCAUCGCUUUUUGCAUUUCUUGAGAUUGUCCAGCACUGGACUUGAAAUAAAUCGAGGUCGCACUGAGUGGAGGAAGCUAGUUCGAUGAGGUUUUGUGUUGGAAGCUACUUUGUUCUCCCUCUUUUGUCUCUGCUCUUUAGAAUGCAUGUAUUAUGCUGUCAUUUCGCUGUUGUUUUCUUCCAUUUGCCAAUUAUGUCAUGUUACUUGUAAGCGCUCAGAUUUUGCAGCAAUUUGCAUGAUUGAUUGGAUGGUGAGCUAUUUUUAUGCAAGAGAUAUAUAGACAACUUUCAUUUUCUAA